CUCGCGGAAAAGUCGCAGUCUGGUCCACGGUCCUGGGGUGAGUCCUGAGAUCUCGAUCCUAAGUCGCCCGGGAAGAUGCUGACCUACCUGGCGGUGGCCCUGGCCGUCGCCGCGCCCCUCGGCUGGGCCCACGACUGUUCGGCCCCGACCGGGAGCGGGAAGGGCCCCACCCAGUGGACGGGGGGCGCCUUCGACUGGCCCUGCGCCACCACCAAGAGCAUGUUCAAAAACGGCGGUCGCUACAUCCCGAAGAACGUCAUCGCCACCCGAGGGGCGAUCUUCAAGGACGACGCCAUCGUGGCGCUGCCCAGGUACAAGCCGGGAGUGCCGGCGACCCUGGCGAAGGUGUCCCUCAAGUGCAAGAGCGGCAGCCAGGCCCUCCUCUCGGCCUUCCCGUGCUGGUCCCUGCAGGAGGAGGGCAGCUGCAACGCCCUGCAGAACGUCGUCGACACCUUCCUGGACCCGCAGGACGUUCUCUGGGUCCUGGACACGGGAGUGGUCAACGUCCUCGACGAGCCCGUUCGUAAGUGCCCGCCGAAGGUCGUCGCCAUCAACAUGAAGACUGGAAAGCUGGUCAAGACGGUGGACCUGAGCGGCCUGGCCACCCCGGCUUCCCGUCUGCAGUACCUGGCGGCCGACUACAGCCUGGACGGCAGAGUCUUCGUCUACGUCUCCGACGCCGCCACGCGGUCCAUCCUCGUGUACGACGUGACCUCGGGCCGCGGGUACCGCGUGGUCCUGCCGAAGGCCGUGACCCUGGGCUGCAGCCGCAGGGACGUUCUCUACCUGGCUCUCCUGCGUCGCCCCGACGGCACCAGCUGCCUCGUCUUCACGUACCUCUGCGGCUCGAGGAUCUUCUCCAUCAAGACCGAGUACCUGCAGAACGGCUCGGCCGCCGGGAAGGUGCACGACCUCGGGCCCAAGCCCAAGAAGAUGGUCCUCCUGGGGACCGACAACGGCAGCGCCCUCUUCUUCAGGUACGAGGGCCAGUCCGACGUCUACCGGUGGGACGCCACUACCUGCUAUAGCCCGGCCAACUUCCAACCGGUGUGGAAGGGCAACGACUGCUCCCUGCCCACGGCCGUCAUCCCCGACUACAAGAGGGGCAGGAUGCGCGUCCUGGAGUCCAACUUCCCCGACUUCAUCCAGGGCACGGUCGGCUGCGGCGCCAACCAGGCCCUCAGCCUGAUGUAGACUCCCGAACGGCCCUUCCUCGGGCUGGACGCGCCUCCGAGGUCCACCUUCGCCCUGGCCGGGAGCGGGGCGGAGGAAGUCGACCCCGCCACCCCGGAGAGGAGGGCCCGGACCGGAGGGAGGAGACUCCGACGAAGCUAGAAAAAAAAAUAAAUAAUU